AUGCUCAACAAGCUCUUCCUCGUCGCUCGCUUCCAGAACCUCGCGUUCGCUCACGACACCGGCAUCGACAGGGGGGUGUGGGACAACCCUUUUGACGAUGGCUCCUUCGGCACCCAGUACAUCGCCAACGUUGAUGAGCUUCCUCAAUACUCCUGGACCUUCAACCAGCCCGAUGACUAUGGCGCGGCUGACCAGAUCACCCCUACCACUCUCACUGAGUAA